UUAGCUCCUAGCCUAGAAGUGCUCUUUGUUGGUGGGAACAAACUAAAGACCUUGUCCAAGGACGAACUGAAAGCAUUCAAGAAGCUUGGUAAUUUGGAGGCGGGUAAUAAUUGCUACAUGUGUUCCUGUGAAUUUCUUUCAUUCAUGCACCAGGAAGCAGAAAAUAUGUCUGCAUUGAGAGGACCACUGGUUAGGGACGCAAGCCCUUCUGUCUUUGAUUGCCAAAGGACAAUAGCUAUUGCACAAGUAUUUCUUUUAUAUACUUGUCAGCACUGUCAUCCUUUGCAAGAAGCUGCAUGUAAUUUGGUAUAUACCAGAAGGAGGUCAACCAACACUAGACAAGAAGAUAUUUGCUAUGACGCAUUAAUUUCUUACAUGAGAUGGACUUGGGGUGAGUGGAGACAUAUUUGGUCCAAGUUAGAAAGUUCCCAACCUCCCUUCAAACUUUGCCUUCACAAACGUGACUUUCUGCCUGGAAAAUGGAUACUGGACAACAUAAUCAUAAGUGCUACAUAAACUGUCUACAGUAGACACAUAAAAGACUACAGCAUUAAUUUAUUUAAAGGCUGACUUAAAGAAAAACAUAUGGACAUUAAUUUUAAGGAAAUAAGUCCAGAAAACCUCAACAGCAUUCUGAGAACAUUUUAUGCCAGUGAAAGAAGCUCAACUGGCGAUCAGUAUUCAGUCUCCAGUUAUUUAACACUGUGACCCCAGUUGUCCGGUGCAGAGCUUUAAAAAAAUGUUUGCUAAAAUACCCUUCUGAUGUAACAGCCUUUUACCGGCAACCACUCAGGGCUCCUCUGCAAAUCCUGAACACUAGAACUGAUGGGAAUACAUUUCUUCAGCGAAAUGGUGCCAAAACUAAGCAACAAAGCCAGUUUCAUGCAACGCUGCUCAGCGGUGCACCUACUUUCAGAAGUCAGGAUGGCAUGAAAGGAAAUAAUGUCUGUAACCAGACAUCAAUCUGAAAGCAGUUUGCUAAGCUACUGGACUCCAACACUACAAAACAAAAAACAGCAAAGUUACAUUUUCUCUUUAAACUCACCUUUAAUCAGACUCCAGCCUCCAUUGCAGCUACACCAUUUCCUUAGUUUCAAGAAACUCCACCCAGAGAAAAACUCUUCACCAGCUUGUACUCUGCCCUCUAGUUAUGAGAUGCCGCUUUCAAUGAAGAAAUUCACAAUAAAUGGAAAUGUGCGGUUUAUUUUUAACAAGUAAAACUUAAAACAAAUUAUUGAAAUGAAAUAUUAUGUCCUUUGGGACUAUAUAACACUGUGGAUGUACACAUAAUACAAGUGUAUUUUUUAAUUUAAAAAAGUGUUUUAAUUAUUUUUCAUCACCUAAACGACAAUUGACUUUGAAAUAGCCGUUUUACAAGCGGUAUAAACCACUGGGCCGUUCCCAUGAAAUAUACUCACUUCUGGGUGGUUAAAGGCACUUGACUUCACCGCGGGUCUAUUCAACACCCAGUCUUGCGUAUAUUUCAUGGGAACCGCACGGCCCUUCAUCGUUUAUACCUUAUAUAUAUUCUACAUUUUUGGGGGGUUACCUCUAUACAUUUGCAUAUUUUUCUUUUUAACAUUUUAUUUUUUUGUGCUCAACCAUUUACGGCUUACUGAAUGUAUGCAUUUUCUGUGAAAGCAACAUCAUGUAUACUGCAUUUUAUGGAAAAUUUGGAAUCCACCAUCCUUCCAGGAAAAUAUGAGAAUCUUAUAAAUAGCAAGUUACAAAGCCUAUGUAUGACUUGUGUUGGUUUACGGUAGAACCAUUGUAUACUUAAGCUAUAGUGCCCACCGAUGAAGGCUCUACCAUGUGGUAGUUGACCACGAUGGGAGUUGUGUCCCAAGCCAAUGGCGAGGGCACUAAAGAUCGUCAAGGUCAAGUAUCACACAGUAGAGCCUUUGAGAGGGCACUAUCGCUAUUAGAAAAUUAUUUUCUCAUUAUUUUCUUUAAAACCUAGAUUUACUUUGAACUUGUAAUUAUUCGCCCGGUACCCUUCCACUGAGACAAGCUUCAGAAAAAUAGUCCCCAAAAUGUUCAUAAAGGAUCACAUACAUAAUUAGAGAAAAAAAAACCUUUUUACUUGUCAGAGUUGCAUAAAGUUCAUAUGGCCAGAUAUCUAAA